AUGAGGUCAUUAUCCCAAAUUUUAACUAGACUAACAAUCUCCCAAUCUAACCCAAGUCUGGAUUUUGUUAAUCUUGGGAAAAAUCGCUUCACUGGAAGUGUUCCAACACACUUAUACGAGCUGCUUAGUAUAAAACUACUGGAUUUACCAGAUAAUAACUUCUUUGGAGUUCUUCCUAUGUGUUUAGGGAAUUUGAUUCAAUUACGGGUUAUGGAUCUUACAAAUAACACUAUAACAGGUGCUAUUCCGAAUUCAUUAGGUUCUCUAUCAUAUAUCCAGUCAUUGCACUUGCGCAACAACAAAUUUGGGGGCAAUCUUCCGGUGGCUUUACAAAACUUGUCUAGCUUAGUCACCUUUGAUAUAUGGAACAAUUUGUUAACGGGUUUAAUACCUUCUUGGAUUGGAAAAAAGUUACCGAAGAUUAAAUUCUUGAAUCUCCAGUCAAAUAUGUUCAUGGGUAAGAUUCCACUGGAACUCUGUCAAAACAACGUUCUUCGGUAUUUAAACUUGGCAAACAAUAGAAUAACUGGAAUAAUCCCUCGUUGCUUUUAUUAUUUAACUGGUAUGAUCAUGACUAGUGGUUACUUUGUAUACAAUAACAUUUAUGAAGAAAAUAUUGAGACUUACAUAAAGGGUAUUAAAUUGAAGUACACCAGAACACUUUGGUUUCUUACAUCUUUAGACCUCUCAAGUAACAAAAUUACAGGUGAAAUUCCUGAUGUUUCAAUGAACCUUAAGGCAUUGAAAAAUAUGAAUAUUUCGAGAAACUUGUUAAGCGGACAGAUUCCGGUAGGGAUUGGAAAUCUAAAGCAAAUUGAAUCUUUAGAUUUUUCGAUGAACAUGUUGUCUGGUGAAAUUCCUCCAAGCUUGGCUACCUUGAACUUUCUAAGCUACUUGAACCUGUCAUUCAACAACUUAUCUGGUCAAAUACCAUUUGGAAAUCAGCUCCAAACUUUAGGCGAUCCAUCUAAUAUUUACGAAGGGAACAACGAGUUAUGUGGGUUCACACUAUUGAGGAGUUGUAAUAGAAAGAACUUAUCAGACACUCAUAUUGAUGGAAAAGAAGGUAAAGAUGAUUUAGAAGAUUGGUGGUUGUAUGUUGGCAUUGGUCUUGGUUUUGUUGUAGGAUUUAUAGGACUAAUUGGUAGCUUGUACUUCAUCAAAGAAUGGAAGGUAGGUUACUUUGAGAUUAUAGAAAACGUAUACACAUGA